AUGUUGACUAAACUUAUACAGUUAAUUGCAUCCAUCUUGGGAUUAUCUGACAAUUAUAAUGAGGAAAAUGUUAGAAAAGGGUUGGUAGAAUGUAGGAAAGCGACUAAAAUGAUUCAAAAUGGAAUGAGGUUUACAAAGACGAUUGGAGAGAAGCAACACUUAGAAGCCCAGAUGAGGCAGAUAAAAACAUUAAGAAGGCAACUAAAAGCCGAACAAAAGAAGGGGGCGGGGCUUAACACUCGACCGGAGACUGCUUACAAGAGGGUACAAUGGGAUGACUCUUUAUCAGCAUUCAACUCAAGAAUUAGAACGGGAGUCAUCUCAAACCUUAAACACAAGGACCCUGGCAGUUUUCUUAAUGAUUGUAAAGCUCUGUUCAAACGUAGAAUCCAGAACGCACUCAAGAAAGACGAGGUAGUUAAAGUUAAUACAGCUUUCGGAGGAGAAUUCGAGAUAGCCAGCGGAGAGAAAAUCCUUAAAGAUACUAAAUAUUUUACCACUUCGAAUUCACCCAUAUAUCGAGACACAAAUCUUGAUGAAUGGUUUGAAAACCGUGUGUAUGAGCCCCUAAGCAAAAAGUUGGAGGAAUUCCAAGAGAGGGAUAGUGGUUGGGCGUUAAAAGCUGUUGUUAACCUGGGGGUGAACAUUAACAAAUUUGCACCACAACUUGGAUCCUCAUACAUCGAACUUCCUCCUCAAAUAAAAAGAAAGAAAGCAUGUGUCAAUGUCAAAAAUGAUGAUGAGGCGUGCUUCGCGUGGGCUGUGGUAUCAUCAUUAUAUCCAUGUCGAAAUAACUCUGCUUUAAUGAGUUCAUACCCGCACUACUCGCAGGUUUUGAAAUUAAAAGGUAUUCAAUGGCCAAUGUCGAUGAAGCAGAUUCCCAAUUUCGAAAAACAAAAUGAUAUUUCCAUAAACGUUUAUAUUCUGAACAAGGUGAAACAUACUUUUACGACACUCCCAACAUACUUGACAAAAGAAAAGAAGGAUAAACAUGUAAACCUGCUUAUAAUCCAAGAAAGAUAUGACGAUGUAGACGGCCCCAUUAGAUACCAUUACGUUUGUAUAAAAAAUCUAUCCCGACUCCUCUCCAACCAAUUAAGUAAAGAUAAGGGAACAAAGUAUUUCUGUAAUAGUUGUCUUCGCUAUUUUAUUACUAAGGAAAAGUUAAAUAUUCAUAAGGCAUGCUGUAAAGGGCGAUUGGAUCUUAUCUGUGAUAGGUGUUUACAACCGUUUUCAUCAUCAAAACAGCUAGAAGACCACACCAACGAUUGUGUAAGAAUAAAUGAAACAGCCAUUAAAAUGCCAGAGGAAAGUCAUAAGAUGCUUAGGUUUAAGAAUUUCAGGAAUAAAAUUAAAGCCCCCUUUGCCGUAUACGCAGAUCUCGAAAGCGUUCUGGAGCAUAGCGUGGAAAAGACCACCUAUCAAAAACAUAUACCUGCUGCCGUUGGGUAUUACUUUAAAUGUUCCUAUGAUGAUUCUCUGUCAUUUUAUAAAUCAUAUCGUGGAAAAGAUUGUAUGAAAUGGUUCGCAGAUGAACUAAAUCAGCUUGCUGAAGAUGUUUCUACGGUGUUUAUGUGUCCAUUUGAUAUAAAUAUGACAUCUCAGCAAGAGAGUGAUUUUCAGGCAGCCACUCAUUGUCAUAUCUGCGACCAGACCUUUUCCCCCAGUGAUAAGAAAGUGCGCGAUCAUGAUCACAUGAUUCCAGAAAAUAAUUAUAGAUCGGCAGCUCAUGAAGGGUGUAACAUUAAUUACAAAGAUGCUCACACUAUCCCGGUCAUAUUUCAUAACCUCAGCGGAUAUGACGCCCAUUUCAUUAUUAAUGACAUUGCCUCACAUAUAAAAGGACCUGUAGAUCUUCUUCCUAUAACUAAGGAAAAAUAUAUCUCUUUUACAAAACGUAUUGUUGAUGCUCGAAUUAACUUUAGGUUCAUCGAUAGUUUUCGAUUCAUGGCGUCUUCUCUUGAUAAGCUCUCUUCAUAUUUGACUGCAUAUCCUAACCUUAAAUCUCAAUUUUCUUCGUUGUCUGAGGAGCAAUUUAAUCUACUUACAAAGAAAGGUGUAAUGUUCUAUGACUAUCUUGACUCUUUUAACCGUUUUAAUGAAACGUCAUUGCCUUCCAUUGAUUCUUUUUAUAAUAAUCUUGAAGAUAAAUCCUGUCCUCGCCGCCAUUAUCAUCGCGCCCUCCAAGUCUGGUCCUCAUUCUCUUGUUCUUCUCUCGGAGAUUACGUGGAUCUCUACAUGAAAACAGAUAUUCUUCUUCUUGCCGACGUUUUUGAGCGGUUUCGCUCCAGCUGCCUCGCCACAUAUAAUCUCGAUCCCGCUCACUAUUAUACCUUGCCCGGUUUCACGUGGGAUGCCAUGCUUAAAUAUACAGGACAAGCACUUGAGCUUUUAACAGAUCCAGACAUGCAUUUGUUUGUUGAGCGUGGCAUUCGUGGUGGUCUUAGCCAAGUUUGCUCUAAAAGACGUGCGAAAGCCAACAAUCCAUACAUCAACAACUAUGAUCCAUCUAAACCUAAAACGUUCCUUAUGUACUUUGAUGUUAAUAACCAGUAUGGUUGGGCAAUGUCUCAAUAUCUUCCCUAUGGUGGUUUCGAGUGGACCGAUACUAACAUUGACGUUCUUAGUAUUCCGGACGAUUCUUCUGAAGGUUGCUUUCUCGAAGUUGAUCUGGAGUACCCUAAACAUCUCCACGAUCGUCACAAAGACAUCCCAUUCUGCCCCCAAUCCUUGAACCCAAAAACUAUGAAACCUCCUAAACGUUCGCGAGAGCUCACCAAAUUAAUGACCACUCUUAAUGAUAAAACAAAGUACGUAAUUCAUUACAGAACAUUAAAGCAAGCGCUUGCACAUGGUUUAGUUCUGAAAAAAAUUCAUAGGGUACUAAAAUUCAAGCAGGCUCCAUGGCUAAAGAGUUACAUCGAUCUAAACACAGAUCUUCGAAAAAAGGCAAAGAAUGAGUUUGAAAAGAAUCUUUUUAAGCUUAUGAACAACGCCGUGUUUGGUAAGACCAUGGAGAAUGUGCGCAAGCGCGUUGAUAUUAAAUUGCUGACAAAAUGGGAGGGUCGUUACGGAGCUGAAGCUAGAAUAAGUAGCCCUCUGUUUAAAAACGCUACUAUCUUUAAUGAAAAUUUAAUUGCUGUUGAGAUGCAUAGAGCGGAAUUAUGGUUAGAUAAACCGAUUUAUGUUGGAAUGAGUAUUUUAGACUUGGCGAAAACAACCAUAUAUGAUUUCCAAUAUGACUAUUUAGCUAGCAGGUUCGGAGAAAACUUUUCGACCUGCUAUACAGAUACAGAUUCAGUGAUUGUGGAGAUACGCGAACAAGACCCGUAUGAAGCAAUGAUACAUGAUUGCUACAAAUAUUUUGAUACCUCAGACUAUCCUAAAGAUAACAUAUACGGCAUCCCUCUGGUUAAUAAGAAGGUAUUGGGUAUGAUGAAAGAUGAGAAUAAUGGCCGCAUUAUGACCGACUACAUAAGUCUUCGAUCGAAAUUGUACACGACAAAAGCAGCUACCACAGAAGAUGAGAUCGAAAACAUGAGGGGCAAGUUGAAAGAACAAGAGUAUGAGAAUGAUGAAAUUGAAAAUAUUAUACGAAAUUAUGGUGUAACGAAGAAGGCAAAGGGGGUAAAGAAAUCUGUGGUAAAUACUAAAAUUACUUUUGAGGACUACGUAGAGUGUUUAGAUACUUUUACAACAAAGAUCGCCUCGCAAAAUCUUAUACGCUCUGUUAAACACCAAGUUUAUUCUAUAACUCAAAGCAAGAUUGCGCUAAGCCCUAAUGAUGAUAAAAGACAUCACAUUCAGGGGUCUUAUGAUACUCUUCCGUGGGGUCAUUAUUCAAUUGAUCCUAAGAUGGAUGUUGAUUAG